CGCAUACCCCCUCCCAGAAGCAACAUGGUCGAAACCUCCUUCAAGUCCUCCAUCGCAUUCAAGCGCACCGAGCCGGCGCCAGCCAUCGCGCGGCCCAUCUCCCCGCCGCUCUCAAAGGCCGAGACGGCGUCCAACGCCUCGGAUGCUGUUGAGGCCAAGUAUGCCAGCCGUACCCCCACGGAGGACUGGGACGGCGCCUACACCUUCGCGCCGAUCAAGGAGUGGCAGGUGUCUCGCGCCAUGACGAAGCGCUACGGCGACGACCUGUACCGUACCGCGGUCAGUGACGUGGUCAUCGUCGGCGCCGGCUCGGCAGGCUUGACCUGCGCAUGGGCGCUCGCGACUGCGCGCCCAGAGCUCAGCAUCACGAUCAUCGAGGCGGGCGUCGCGCCCGGCGGCGGCGCGUGGCUCGGCGGGCAGCUCAUGAGCGCCAUGGUUGUGCGCAAGCCUGCCGAUCGCAUUCUCGAGGAGAUUGGCGUGCCGUUCGAGGACGAGGGGGACUUUGUGGUCGUCAAGCAUGCUGCGCUGUUCACUAGCACCGUGUUGAGCAAGGUGCUCCAGUUCCCCAAUGUCAAGCUCUACAACGCCACCGCCGUCGAGGACCUCAUCACCCGCCCCGACCCGCUCGGCAGCGGUGGCCUGCGCGUCGCGGGCGUCGUGUCCAACUGGACCCUCGUCACCCUCGCCCACGGCCUCCAGAGCUGCAUGGACCCGCAGACCAUCACCGCCCCCCUCGUCUGCUCGUUCGCGGGCCACGAUGGACCCUUCGGCGCGUUCAGCGUCAAGCGCCUCGUUGCUACGGGCAUGGUUGAGCAGCUGAAGAACAUGCGUGCGGACCUCUCGCCGACCUCUGCGGCUCCCUCCUCUGCCCCGCACUCGCUGACGAUCACGCUCCCCCAGCUCAACAUGACCUCGGCCGAAGACUACAUCAUCAACAACACGCGCGAGGUCGUGCCGGGCCUCAUCACGGGCGGCAUGGAGCUGUCCGAGCUCGACGGCGCGAACCGCAUGGGCGCGACGUUUGGCGGUAUGCUCGCGAGUGGAGUCAAGGCCGCCAAGGAGGCCAUCAAGAUCCUCGACGCGCAGAAGAUUGUCGACGGCGAGGUUGUGGGCCGUAAGGUGUCGGCGUAGGUGUGAGCAGGGAGAAGAAAAGCCAGAAGCGAGGCAGGGCAGAAGCACAAAGCAGAAAGCAGAAAGAAUGAUCAGAAUGAAUCAGUUGCUUGCCCA